GGCGCAGCGAAGUAGGCGGAGCCAGUCGGGAUGAGUGGCGGAGGGACAGAGACCCUUGUGGGUUGUGAGGUCGCCCCCGGCGGCGGCGGCGGCAAGAAGAGGGACUCGCUGGGGACUGCGGGCUCAGCACACCUCAUUAUCAAGGAUCUUGGAGAAAUUCAUUCAAGGCUUUUGGAUCACAGACCAGUUAUUCAAGGUGAAACUCGUUAUUUUGUAAAAGAAUUUGAAGAAAAACGUGGUCUUCGAGAAAUGCGAGUUCUUGAAAAUUUGAAGAAUAUGAUCCAUGAAACAAAUGAACACACUCUUCCCAAAUGCAGAGAAACGAUGCAGGACAACUUGAAAGAAGUUCUCCAGAGAUUGCAAGCAGCUAAUGACUCCGUCUGUAGACUCCAGCAGAGGGAACAGGAACGAAGAAAGAUGUAUCAUGACCACUUAAUAGCUACUGAGAAACAGCAUCAACUCCAGUGGGAGGAUUUCAUGAAAGAACAACCCCGCCGUCAGGCUGAGGUGGAUGAAGAACACAGAAGAGCCAUGGAGAGGCUUAAAGAACAAUAUGCUGAGAUGGAGAAGGGCCUAGCAAAAUUCUCAACUUUUUAAGAACUUGAACCACAACAUUCACAAAUGGAGGAGAAUUCAUUGACUGCUCCACAAAAUACUCCCACCAACAUUUAGCCUCUGCUUCAAGCUUAGCAAUACCUUCAGUGGCACUCUUCAGUGGCACACAGAGAAACUGCAGCUGGAGCCUGACUGAAUGGCCAAUAGAAGAAGAGUGCUCUACCAUUCCUGUUUCAAGUGCCUAAAUAUGAUCAUUUGAGAGGGGAAGAAGAGGAGGAAAAUGAGACGAAUUUACUCUUUGUCAGAAUUUGAUUUGUUUUCUGAUCAUUAGCUGAGAGAACUAUAACUACAGACUUCUUAGAAGGAUCUUUCAACUCAUUCUCAUACAGGGUUGAUGUUAAUUACUGUAGCUUAAAAGGCAGGUAGCAUAGCUGCCUCCCACAGCUUCCCUGGCUGUGAGAGACCUAAGGAUGCAUAAAGUGUUAUUCCGUGAGUAAUGUAAACAAACAGCUGGCCUUGGAACAAAGAUCACAUUUAAAAGAGGGAAUGAUCAAAGCAUUGUCUCCACUAUGACAAAGAUGGCCACGGUGGUGCUGGCACUGCCUGUUGGGAAAGAUCAGAUUUUGCAGUGCAGCAGAGUGCCGUUCGUUUCCCUGGAGGACAAGACGUGUGUGUUAAGCUUUGUGGCCUUCCAGCUCUUAGUAUUUUCAUCUUUUGAAACAUGCUUAGGAAGAAAAGCUUACCAAAAAUAUAUGUUGGCUUUUAGCCUUUUUCCAAGAACCACAAUCUUGCCCAUAGUAUUUACCUCAUUUUUGUGUCUGUUUUUCUGUGGGUAAGCUUUAUAAGAUAAAUAACGUCUAUACAUGUUCAACUGUUUAAUGAGUAAUUAGCAAAUUCUGCCAAGGAAUCCCUCUGGAACCAUAUAAGCAUUCUGGCUCUGAAUGAACCAGAAGUGUUUGUCCACGUGGCAAAUGAUCCAUGUUAAAUGUAAAUCCUUUUUAAUGUUCACGUCUGUUCUCAUAAGCAGGUGUAUUAUGAUGAAACAUGUACCAAUUUUGUCAUCACUGUGAUUUUUAAAAUUCUGCAUUUAACAGUUGAAGAACUAAGUUGAUUUUGUUUGCCAUAAACCAAGCAAAAGUAAAUGCAAUAAUUUCAGGAGAUUUAUGGAAAAUGAAUUUGAGGUAUGGCCAAAUCUUUGUAAUAGUUUUCAUUGCUUUUCAGUCAAGAAAGGUACAAGAAAGAAAAUACCUAACUUUCUCAUCUUAUCUCAGUGUUGCGACUGCAGAAAAUUGACAAUGCUUGACUGUGUAAACUUAUGGCUUACUGUCAAAGCUUCAUUCUUGGCUGCAUGUUGAAAAUGUGAUUAAAGUUAAUAGAGGAGAUGAAA